GUUCCUUAAUUAACUUACCUCAAAGCUCAAAUAAACUAAAAAAAAAAUUGUACUAAUAAAUAAUAAUAGCACGAGGCAGUGAACUCCUUUAAUGCUAUCGCUUUAUGAGAAGCCUUAACUAUUAAAAAUUCCAGAUCCAGACUCAAAGCAGAGAACUAGCAAGCAUUAUUUCUUCCGAAGCCUGAGGUGGUGGUAGUUGCUUUUUAAUUUUUUUUCUUGCGUGGAAAAUACACUCAGUACAAAUUUACAAAAUUAAAAAACAAAAACAAAAACAAAAACAAAAAAACCCUUUCUCUUUCCUGGUUAUCCCCCUCCCCCGCUCGCUGGCAAAUUGUUAACUAACAGUAUUCCAGUGCAAAGGGCAGAAACUUUAGGAAAAGAUGGGUGUGGGGGCGGCAGGAGGCCUAAGAAUCUAGCUGAGAAGCCCCACAAAAAAUAGUCCGAGUGGUCCCUGCGGCCUUGGUUAAUUUCAUCUGGUUUUACCCUCAAACCGGUUUUUUUUUUUUUUUUUUUCGGGUGGGGGUGUGUGAAGCCGGGUGAUUUCAAGGGAUCUUUCCGGAGAACUGAGAGACUCACACUGGCAAAGCUUCGGGGCUUCAAAAGGUGCUGGACAAACAGUUGUCUUAAUAGGUCUCAGGUCGCCUGAAAAAAGGUCCAGGUAUCUCCACGCCAUGACAACCCUCUCCCAACAGCGGGGAGGAAGCGGGCGCGGGUCCCGCCUGGUCGGGGCUCUGCCCGCGCGCCCUGCCCGCAGAGCCGCGGAGAGUCAGGCCUCUGGGGAAGGAGGCUGCGCUGCGGGCUCCGGCAAAGCCGAGUGGGUCGAGGCGCGAGUCUCAGGCCACGCUCCCGAGCCCCGCCGGGGUGCAGCUCCCGCCUCCACGCCCCGUAACGCCUCCCGGGACGGAGGACCCCGAGGGGCAGCGGUGGUCGCCAAGCCAGUGCCGGGUGACCCGGGACCCGAGCGGAGCCGCAGGCCCGGGAGCUCGGGUCCAGCAGGGGUCGGAGGGGCUCCCCCCUCGGUCGCCCCGCUUCCCCGCUCGCGCCUCUUCUACUCCAAGGCCACGGUUCCCGCACACAAACUUUCCCCCGACCUGUCCACUUGGUUCGGUAGCCCGCCUGCUUCGCGCGCCCGCGUCAGGGGGUCUGGCUGGCCAACCCCCCCAGGCCGGAGAGAGUGUCCGGUGGAAGGAUGGGGCUCCGUACCCCGCGGGAAGCACACACCCAAGCCCGCAUCUGAGGGAUCGCGGGUGCAGGCGCUGGGAGAAGCGAGGUGGGAUAAACUUGGGAAGCCGGACCGCGCGAUGCUUCCCGGUCCCUACGCCAGUCUGCAGAGCGACCCGCAGCACGCCCCGGCAGCCACUCCAGGACGCCGCUCCUCCGACCCAGUCCCCGCUUCCCCCAGCCGGGGACCUCCGAAGGCCAGCUGAUUCACUGCGACUCGACUUGAUGUGGGUAACUUUGGGGAUAUCUGUGCACAAUCUGGGUCUGAUCUCAGCUCUGACACGGGAUAGCUGUGUGAUUUCAGACUCAACCCGAGGCCAUGGCGGUGGGGUUUGUGGACGUGGACAUUUGUGGGAUUGUGGUGGAGGGGAACCUACCUUCAUCCUUUGGAACUCUCUGCCUCCCAGGAAAUGCAAGCUGUGAUGGACCACAAGGCCCUGGGAAGGUGGACGCUCCUGAUAAUUUGUGAAAAUGUGGACGACUCCGCUCACACAGCAUCUCCUUUGACUCUGAAGUUUCGACCUUCCCCAUUCCACUUUGGCUUUUGGAUCAAGAAAAUGGUCAAAGGAUGGCUAUGUUAAAGCCACAGCGAGAAAACCAAGGCACUGGGAAGCUAAGGAAUUUAUCCAGGGCCUCCCAACUAGUCAUGUCGAAGCUGUUCCCAGGGACAUUGUGCUGCUGCUCUGUUACUUCAAGUCAGGUCCUGAGACAAAAUACACAUCCUGAAGUUCUCUCUUAGUGUUCUAAUGGGAACACAGUGGGCAUCCCGCUUCCUAAGGAGUCAGGUUUGUGCUGCCCAAUACAGUAGUUACCAGCCACAUGAAGCUACUUAAACUUUCUGAGAUUAAAAAUCUAUAUCUUGGGGGCUGGAGAGAUGGCUCAGUGGUUAAGAGCACUGACUGCUCUUCCAGAGGUCCUGAGUUCAAUUCCCAGCAACGACAGUGUUCCACAACCAUCUAUAUUAGGAUCUGACAUCCUCUUCUGGCAUGCAGGUAAACAUGCAGAUAGAGCACUCCUUUACAUAAAAAAUUUAAAUAAAUAAAUAUAUCUUAAAAAAAUCUAUAUCUUGGGCUGAAGACAUGGCUCAUUGGUUAAGAGCACUGGCUGCUUUUCCAGAGGACACAGGUUCAAUUCCCAGCACCCACAUGGUAGUUGGCAGCUAUCUGUGACUCCAGUUUCAAGGGACCCUGAGUGUGAUCACUUGUGAAGGGAUGCUUGGCCUCAGAGUGCCUGGAAGUGUCUGUGCAAAGGCCCUGGUUAAACCUUCCGGAACCUUAGCUGUGGCCAUUACUUUGCUGUGGAUGACUUCUGUGUCACUGUGCUUUCACGGGACGGAUGCUCCCCAAGGGCAUUCUUUGUGUGCGCAUCUUCGUCUUUGUUCCGUCCUUAAGGCCAGCUUUCACUGAUAAUAAGCUCUGGCAGUGUCUAAUAAAUAUAAUACAUAUUUGUUAAAAAAAUGAGGGUUUU